UUGUUUUCUUCUUAAGUUAUUUCCUGUUUCAUCUCCCGGUAUCGAGUAAAGAAUAAGCAGUUGGAAUCCGGGAGUCCGGGUUUCGAGCCCCGCUCCUUGCCUGGCUCGGUUUUGACUCCUGGGGGCCGCGGGGCGCCUCGUCCCGCAGCCUCCCUCCGGGCGGCGACCACCGGGGCGCGGGGGAUGGACAGGGAGACGCGCGUGUUCGCGGAGAGGCACUUCCGUGGCCUCCACGGGUGUCUCCCGGGCGGAGCCUGCCGGACCCCGGAGCGUGCUGACUUCAUCGAGAAGCCGGACUCCUUCUCCUACGCCGAUUUCUUUAAGGGCUACCUGCUCCCCAACCUGCCCUGCGUUUUCUCCAGCGCCUUCACGGAGGGCUGGGGCAGCAGGAGGCACUGGGUGACGCGCAGCGGGAAGCCCGACUUCGAUUAUUUGCUCCAGAAGUAUGGAGACAUGGUUGUACCUGUUGCAAACUGCGGAGUGCAGGAGUACAACUCGAACCCCAAGGAACACAUGCCCCUCAGAGAUUACAUUAGCUACUGGAAAGAGUACAUCCAGGAGAACUACUCCUCUCCACGGGGCUGUCUGUACCUCAAAGACUGGCACCUGUGCAGGCAAGGUGGUCUCCCCCAGCAUGGACCUGACUCCUGCCCAGUGAUCCCCCUCUCUGUGGGAAUCCACAGGGUCUCCCCGAUGGAGGACGUGUACACCCUGCCAGUGUACUUCUCAUCAGACUGGCUGAAUGAGUACUGGGACACCCUCAAUGUGGACGACUACCGAUUUGUCUACAUGGGGCCCGCAGGCACCUGGUCGCCGUUCCAUGCCGACAUCUUCCGCUCCUUCAGCUGGUCUGUGAAUAUCUGCGGGAGGAAAAAAUGGCUCCUCUUCCCGCCAGGGCAAGAAGAAGCCCUGAGGGAUCGCCACGGCAGCCUGCCAUACGAUGUGACCUCCCCCGCGCUCCUGGACACCCGCCUGUACCCCUCGCACAUGCACUGUGAACCUCCCCUGGAGAUCACACAGGAGGCUGGCGAGAUGCUGUUCGUGCCCAGCGGGUGGCACCACCAAGUCCACAACCUGCCAUGCCCUGCUCCUUCCAGGAGGACACCAUCUCCGUCAACCACAACUGGGUCAAUGGCUGUAACCUGGCAGCCAUGUGGCGCUUCCUACAGCGGGAACUCCAGGCCGUGCAGCAGGAGAUCCACGAGUGGAGAGACACCAUGCUGGACUGGCACCACCACUGCCAGAUCAUCGCUGAAAGGCGGCUCCUCACCCUGGCCGACGGAGCGGACACAGGGAAGCCGGAGGGUGCCUGUGGGGCUGGGCUGGGCCCCCAGCAAGCCGCUUUUGACAUCAGCCGGAUCGCCGAGGUGCUGGCCUCAGUGACUGCCAACCCUGACUUCCAGAGAGUGGACACCAGCACAUUCUCACUGCAGCCCGGGGACCUCCUACAGCAGCUGGAGGAGGCUGUUGCUGCCUCUUUGUCCUUAUAGUCCCAUGCUGGGAGGACUCGGUGCUGCACACCUGGACCUCCUCAAGCUCCAGGCGUCCCUUCCGUGAAUAAAGCACUGCCCUUGGCCGUGUGCCUGGGCCACCCCCCUCCCUCCUGAGCCUCUGUUACCUCCAUGGCUGAUGGGAAUGACUCCUGUGAGGGUCGACAUGGUCUUCUGAGGGUCCCAUGUGGUCCUCUGAUGGUCUGAUGCAGUCUAUUGAGGGUCCCACGAAGUCCUAUAUUGGUGUGACCUGGUCUUGUGAGGGUCCCAUGUGAUCAAUGAGGGUGCCGCGCACUCCUGAGAGUCUUCCGUGUGGUCCUGUGGGGAUCUGACAUAGGUCUGUUGGGGGUCAGGGGUCCCAUGCAGUCCCUUGAGGUUCUUACAUGGCCCUGGAGGGUCUGACCCAGUCAUGGCUAUCACCUAGCAUAGUUUUGGACUCUCAAAAAUCGACAGCCCCUGCAACCUGCCAGUGUUUCUGUUGGGAUUUUCUUGAGUGAGGCCUGGCCAGGACUGAGAGCUCCUGGUCAAGGGAGAAAGUGGGUUUGAGGGUAUUGGUCCGUCUGAACUGCAGUGAGAGGCCUUUGUUCCUGAGGGAGGCAGGGGAGCAUGCUGGGACUCCGGAGUGGGCUGUGGUGUCACACAGGGUCAAGGCUGCUCAUGGGGCUGAGGCAAGCCUGAGGGUUUCCAUACUGGCUGUGAGGCCCCAUUCCCACCUGUCCUCACUUGUCAAGGGAAAAGCAGCUAGCUGAUAACAGAGGCUUAAAAGGCUGGACACUGGUGUUCAUUCACCUAGCAGAGUCCCAGUAAGUCGCCCGUCUCGGGUCAAUGGGAAUGCCAGUGGCAAUCUGCAUGUCAUUGCUCCUCAUCAAUUCAAGCCCCUUCCGGGCCCCUCGGGAUGCCACAGCUUCCUGCAAAGCCCAAGGCCCUUUGUUCAGGCAGUCAGGUUCAGUGAAAGCAGCCAGAGAAAGCCUAGCUGUGCCCUGCUCUGGUGUCAGUAGGUUUGUGGGUCUCCACCCACCUCUGCUACCCCACACCCUCUUUGUGGCUCAGCAGACACCACUGAGCCUCUUGUGGGUAGAAGUCAAUCUUGGGCCCAGGUGGGAUUCUCAGGUCCUCCCCAGCCUUCCCACACAAGCUAAGGUCAGGACACCUGCAGCUUACUACUGCAUGUCUGGCCCCAUCCAACUUCCAACCCUUGUCCGCUCUGUUAUUCAGCAUUCAUUGUUGCACACUCAGCUGUUCUAUUAAGAAUUCUUUUACUCUCAGCAAUGAAAACUCCACUCUUUGAAUACUCGUGUAACAUCCAAUCUCUAGCACAUGGGCUCCACGCCAUUGAAAAAUCACUCUGCAGUUGCAGCUGGUGUGAUUCAACCAUGAUUUUGCACACUCACUGUAUACUAUUCAACAAUCACUCUUCGAACAGCCACUGGGGCCAAGUUAUUAACUGCUCUUUUUCACUCAUUCUGCUCUAUCCAACUUCCUCUCAUAAAGCCAUUUUGUGCCAUUCAGCAAUCUCUCCUUACACACUCACUGCAAAUCAACAAGCAUUCUGCACACUCGGGCCAAUUCAUCAUUGUUUCUUGCACAUUAAUUUUACAUCCAAAUUCCACUUCUUGCACCCCCUCUCUAAGCCAUUCAAUAAACAACUCUUUCACAGUCAGCUACGUAUGAUUCAAUGGCCUCCCUUGGCACCCUCGUUCUAUGGUACCCAGUGUUCAUCCACACACCCACUACAUGCCGUUCAAAAGCCAUUCCUUGCACAUUUUGUUAUUCAGGUGCAAUUCUUUGUCCACUCACUCUCUAUGAUCCAGCUACUCUACUUUGCAAACUCAUUCUGCACCAUCCUACUUCCACACUUGAAGUACACUCCCCUGACAUUCAACCAUUAUUUCUUGUAUACUUCAUACUGUUAAACAAAUUUCUACAUCCGCACUGUGUGAACUACUUUUUACACAUUUAUGAGGAAUUGCAUAACCUUUGCAUACUCAUUCUGUACAAUGCCCAGUAUUUACACACUCCAAAAUCACUCUGUUCUGGUUUGCUAAUGCUGCUUUUAUGCAAAAUACCAGAAAUGGAUUGACUUUUAUCAAGGGGAUUUAUUAGGUU